AUGGAGGCUCUCUUGCAGCAGUCUCGCUCUAUGUGCCCAUUCCUCAAGCGGACAUCCCCCACCACCCUCCGCACUCUUUCCACUGCUACUCGUCCCAACACCAGCCCCGGAGGCGGAACUAUGUCCAAUCUCCAGGUUCUGGCCCGCCGCUGCCCCGUUAUGAGCAAGGCUUUGGCUGUGCAGAGUGCCCGUCUCAGCGGCACCAAGCGCUUCACCUCGCGCGCCGCCGGAGUCGCCGCAUUCCAGCCUAUGCGGGUUCCCAAUGGCAAGCGGGAAUUGCAUAGUUCCGGUGGUCACCCCGCCAGUCUCGCCUCCGGGGGAUACGAGAAGAAUGAGCGAGAGCACCCUAGCCUGACCAAUCCGCUUCGUUCGUCCCCUGCCGCUGCCGAGCAGGCCGCCCGCGUCCCCCGUGCCCCGACCAACAAACCUUUCAGCUACAAUGGAUUCUACAAUGCGGAGCUGGAGAAGAAGCACAAGGAUAAGUCCUACCGCUACUUCAACAACAUCAACCGUCUCGCCAAGGAGUUCCCUCGGGCCCACACUGCCUCUGCCGAGGAGCGUGUGACCGUCUGGUGCUCCAACGACUACCUCGGCAUGGGGCGCAACCCGCACGUCUUGAACUCGAUGCACAAGACUCUGGAUACCUACGGAGCUGGUGCAGGUGGCACCCGUAAUAUCUCGGGUCACAACCAACAUGCUGUCGCAUUGGAGGACACGCUCGCCAAGUUGCAUGGCAAAGAGGCCGCAUUGGUCUUCAGCUCAUGCUUCGUGGCUAACGAUGCUACUCUAGCAACCUUGGGUAGUAAGUUGCCCGAUUGUGUCAUCCUCUCGGAUAGCCUCAAUCAUGCCUCCAUGAUUCAAGGUAUCCGCCACUCCGGUGCGAAGAAAAUGGUUUUCAAGCACAACGAUAUGGAAGACCUUGAAACCAAAUUGGCAUCACUGCCUCUAAGUACCCCUAAGAUUAUUGCUUUUGAAUCCGUGUACAGUAUGUGCGGAUCAAUUGCGCCUAUCGAAAAGAUCUGUGAUCUUUCCGAUAAAUACGGUGCCAUCACCUUUUUGGACGAAGUCCACGCCGUGGGAAUGUACGGGCCUCACGGAGCUGGAGUUGCCGAGCACCUCGAUUAUGCCAAGUGGCAAUCGCAGGACUCUGCGUCUCCGCAAAGCACUAAGGGCACAGUCCAGGACCGCAUUGAUAUUAUCACCGGUACCCUCGGCAAAGCCUACGGCUGUGUUGGUGGCUACAUUGCCGGCUCUGCGGCCAUGGUUGACACCAUCCGCUCGCUCGCUCCCGGCUUUAUCUUUACCACUUCGCUCCCACCAGCUACCAUGGCUGGUGCCGACACCGCUAUUCAAUACCAAUGCCAGGAACCUCGCGACAGAGUCCUUCAGCAACUGCACACUCGAGCAGUGAAAACGGCUCUGAAGGAUCUCGAUAUCCCCGUCAUCCCCAACCCAUCCCACAUCGUUCCCCUCCUGGUCGGCGACGCCGAGUUAGCCAAGAAGGCAUCCGACAAGCUCCUCGAAGAGCACGGAAUCUACGUCCAGGCAAUCAACUACCCUACCGUUCCUCGCGGCGAGGAGCGUCUGCGCAUCACCCCUACUCCGGGCCACGUGAAGCCCCUGCGCGACCAUUUGGUGCAGGCUGUCCAGGCCGUCUGGAACGACCUGGGCCUGAAGCGCACCAGCGACUGGCAAAGCCAGGGCGGUUUCGUUGGCGUUGGCGUUGAGGGUGCUGAGGCCGCCAACCUGCCCAUCUGGGAGGACGCCCAGCUGGGUCUGCAGGCUGGCGAGAGCCUUGAGGAUGCCGUCGCUCGUGAAUUCAACGACGCGGCUUCCCGCACUACUGUGCCGCCUUUGAAGGCUGCUACUCCUCUGACCGAGAAGGCUUACUCGGGAAUGAACACCCCCAUCGGUGUUUUCUAG